CGGCGCGCGAGAUUUAAAGAGUUAAAGAAAACAGUUAACGAUUCGCGGUUGUACCGCAAGUGAACUCUCGAGUUACCCAAUUUGCGUGCGGUCUUGUUGAAUAAGUUUCGAGAUAUUUUUGUUAAUUUGAAUGAGAUAAAAACAAAAAAAUUUGGUUUUGAGAAAGUGUUAAGGGUUUUUAAGUAAGGAUGCCUACCUGCAAUUGCCCGGUAACCCAACCAGGGCCGACCUUAGCUGCCACUUGCGGAGGGGUCCAAUUUAUGCUGUUUAUGGGACUUUUGGAGGUAUUCUUAAGGUCCCAAUGCGACUUGGAAGAUCCUUGUGGACGGCCAAAAGCCACCCCUGUUUUACCAGAGUACGACUUUAUAGUGGUUGGAGCUGGUAGCGCUGGUGCGGUGGUAGCAAGCCGUUUAUCCGAGAUACCUGAAUGGAAUGUUUUAUUGAUUGAAGCAGGCAAUGACGAACCAACUGGUACUCAAGUACCAUCAAUGUUCCUAAAUUUUAUUGGCUCAGAAAUAGAUUGGGCAUUUCAAACUGAACCGGAGCAACAAGCUUGUUUGGCCGAGAAAGAACAAAGAUGUUAUUGGCCAAGAGGAAAGGUAAUGGGUGGUACUUCUGUAAUGAAUGGUAUGAUGUAUAUGCGAGGAGCUCGUAAAGAUUACGAUGAUUGGGAGACAUUUGGCAACAAUGGUUGGGGCUACAACGAAGUACUUCCAUAUUUCUUGAAAAGUGAAGACAACAAGCAAAUAGACAAAAUGGACAGAGGAUACCAUUCUGAAGGAGGACUUUUGCAGGUUUCCCAAUUCCCUUAUCAUCCGCCAUUGUCUAGGGCGAUAAUUAAGGCUGCAGAAGAACUAGGUCAACCAAUCAGAGACGUAAACGGCAUUUACCACACCGGUUUCCAAAUAGCCCAAACCACUAACAGAAACGGUUCCAGGCUUAGUAGCGCCAGAGCUUUUAUACGGCCAUUCAAACACCGUAGAAAUCUAGAUAUUUUGAUGAACUCCACUGUCACCAAAGUUCUGGUAGAUCCUAAAUCCAAGAAAGCUUAUGGUGUUGAGGUGAUCACCCCCAACGGUCCUCAGGUGAUUUAUUCUACCAAGGAAGUGAUCGUGUCUGCAGGUGCAGUCCAAUCCCCUCAAGUUCUUCUCUUAUCGGGAGUUGGCCCUCAAAAUGAACUUGAAAAACUUAACAUACCAGUUACCCAUAAUUUGCCUGGAGUAGGCAAAAAUCUCCAAAACCACGUAGCGUUUUUCCUAAACUUCAACAUAAACGAUACCAAUACAACCCCAUUAAAUUGGGCAACCGCUAUGGAAUAUUUGUUGUUCAGGGAUGGCCUUAUGAGUGGAACUGGAAUAUCUGAAGUUACGGGCUUCAUUAAUACAAAAUACAACGAUCCAAACUUGGACCAACCCGAUGUUCAAUUCUUCUUUGGAGGAUUUUUGGCUAAUUGCGCAAAAACCGGAAUGGUAGGCGAACGUCUUGAUAAUGGUAACAGGCAAGUGCAAAUUAUUCCAGCGGUACUGCAUCCUAAAUCCAGAGGAGAGAUUAGGCUGAAAAAUAACGAUCCUCUUAGCCAUCCUUUGAUUUAUGCUAACUACUUCAGCCAUCCAGAUGACGUUAGAGUUAUGAUUGAAGGAAUUAGGUUUGCUUUAAGAUUAGCUGAAACAAAAGCUUUAAGAAGGUACGGAUUUCAACUGGAUAAGACACCAGUAGCAGGUUGUGAAACAUUCACAUUUGGUUCUGAUCAAUACUGGGAAUGCGCAAUGAGGAGGCAGACUGGUCCAGAAAAUCAUCAAGCUGGAAGCUGUAAAAUGGGACCCAAAGAUGAUGUAAUGGCUGUCGUCGAUCCACAAUUGAGAGUUCAUGGUGUUGACCGACUCCGUGUAAUCGAUGCAAGUAUUAUGCCAAAAGUUACUACGGGAAAUACCAACGCCCCUGCCAUUAUGAUUGGUGAAAAGGGUGCAGAUAUGAUCAAAGCCAGAUGGUUGACUUCGGAAGGUGGUUACUUUUUCUCUAGCCCGCAAAGUCAAAAUAGAAUUAGCAGACAUUGGGGUGGAUUGGGGUUGUGGCAGUGAUUGUGUUUUUUGGAGAAAGUAUUGAAAGACAAUAAUGGAUAUUUUAUUGUUGAAAUUUUUUUCAGUGUUGCGGAAACGCACAAUUUGUCGCUUGAGAGGAUUGUAAAACCUAAUUACAUUGUCAAAAACAUAUUAAUUUAUUCCAGUUUUCCACUGAUAAAUUUGCACUCAUUAUAAGUUCCUUUUUAGAAAAUUUUGUAAAUAUUCGGUAAUUUUAAUUUAUUAAUAAAUGAAAAAUAUUAAAAUUUACAAG